AUGGCUCCAGGUCAGCGUUUGAGAGAGUUAAUCAACGAGCGACUAACUGCUGCUGCUGAAGAAAUAUUCCGACAUUUUCAAACAACUAUCUCAGAGUACGAAGAAGAGAUCAACCGUCAGCGCAGACUGCUGGAUAUCGUUUGGAAACCUGAAAUAAAGUUACACAGAACAGAGCUCCCACAGCAGCAUGUCUGUGAGGAGGAGGAGGUUCUCACUGACCAGCAGCUCUGUGACCAGGAGAGGAACUCACGUCUGGACCAAGAGGAACCAGAGCUUCCACAGAUUAAAGAGGGACAAGAGGAACCAGAGCCUCCACAGAUUAAAGAGGGACAAGAGGAACCAGAGCCUCCACAGAUUAAAGAGGGACAAGAGGAACCAGAGCCUCCACAGAUUAAAGAGGAACAAGAGGAACCAAAGCCUCCACAGAUUAAAGAGGAACAGGAGGAACUCUGCAGCAGUCUGAAGAUAGAACAGCUGGUACUGAAGGAGGAGACAGAAACCUUGAUGUGGACUCCUACUUGUGAGGAAAGUGAAGAUCAGAUUCUGGGCUUGAGUCCUGAUGAAACUCAGAUUGCGGCAGAGGAAGAGCAAGUUGUAAACCUGUCAGUACAAACAGUUAAAACCUCUAAGAAACCUGAACCAGACAGUGACAACCAGCUCCUCUCUCACAACUCUCAUGUAGCUGAGAGCCAACAUCACAAAGGAGGCAAACAUGAAGACUCAGGAUCAACUAGAAAUGCAGAACCAAAACCACAGAAGAGACAUCACAGUAGAGAAAAACGUAAGAAUGAAGACAAGGCUACCCGCAGUAAUACUUUUAAAGGGAAACAGCGUUUUAAAUGUGACACUUGUGGGAAAUGUUUUACGUUAAAGACCAAUUUGUGCGCACAUCAGAGAGUCCAUACACGUGAGAAGCCGUAUCCAUGUGACACUUGUGGGAAAAGAUUCUCUACGGCGGGCACAUUAAAAGUUCAUAUGAGAACACACACAGGUGAGAGGCCAUACCCAUGUGGUUCAUGCGGGAAAAGAUUCUCUGAAAAAGGCAAAUUAAAACUGCACAUGUCAGUCCAUACAGGUGAGAAGCCGUACCCAUGUGACACGUGUGGGAAAUGUUUUACGUUGAGGGCCAAUUUGUGCAGACAUCAGAGAGUCCAUACAGGUGAGAAGCCGUAUCCAUGUGACACUUGUGAGAAAAGAUUCUCUACUUCGGGCGCAUUAAAGAUUCACAUGAGAACACACACAGGUGAGAAGCCAUACACAUGUGAUACAUGUGGGAAAAGAUUUUCUGAAAAGAGAAAAAUAAAUGUGCACAUGACAGUCCAUACAGGUGAGCAGCCAUGUCCAUGUGACACGUGUGGGAAAAGAUUCACUUGGAUGAGCUCUUUAAAACGACACAAGAUUCGGUGUGAUGCCAGAAAAGGUUCAUAA